CACAAAAUGGGAAUCAAACUCGCAGCACGGAAGCCGGCUCCGGACGCCGUGCGAAGGUCUGAGCGCACAGAAUGAAGCCGAUCACGCGUGGGUUUGGUGGGUUCGUGCGGGCGCUGGAGCGGGCGGUGCGGCGGGCGUAGAUCGCGGGAGGAGGCUGCGGACGAUGGGGCUGUUUUUCACGCUGUGCUGUGUCGUGCUGUUCACCCACGGAGCGACGCGGGCGUGGGCCACCAACAUCUGGACCGCGGACAACAGCAGCCGGUCGACGGUGGAGCCGCCCUGGAGCCAAACAAACCUGAAGUCUGAUGAGGCCUUCGUCGCCAUCGGAGACGGCUCCUCUCUGGAGUUUGAGUUUCCUGAAAACUCCAAAGGUGUCAUCGUGGUCUCCACCCGCUCCUCAAACAUCUCCAGAGGCCACAGGCAGAUUUUGAGAGUCCAGUCCCUGGACCCUGAGGUCCUGUCCAUCCUGAACGUGUCCCUCAGCAGAGCGUCUGUGGGCUCUCAGAGUUACAUCAUCAGUAUCCGCUCUGGGUUCCCCGGGCGCGUCCAGCUGCACCUCCAGCUUCUCCGCCAGGAGGGGGAGCCACAGGACCCGCCCGACUCGCCGGGGCGGGGCGCACAGGGGCCGGGCUCGCCGGCGCUCGUGGCCGAGAGGACGGACUAUUCCAUCAUCGUGGUGCCCUGGAGCGAUGACCCCGCCUCACGCCUGAUCCGCUCCGGGGGCCUGUCCCACUUCUCGGAGCACCCGGUGCUGUUCGCCCUGCUGCCCGUCAUCUUCGUGAACAAAUGUGCCUUUGGGUGUAAGGUGGAGGGGGAGGUCCUGAGGGGGCUGCUCCGGAGACCCGUCCCUCUGCUGCUCGGGGUCCUGGGGCAGUUCCUGGUGAUGCCCCUGUAUGGGUACUGCGUGUCUCAGCUCGCCCGCCUGCCCAAAGCCCUGGCACUGGGGCUGGUCAUCACCUGCUCGGCGCCCGGCGGGGGAGGGGGGUACCUGUACAGCCUCCUGCUGGGCGGGGACGUCACCCUGGCCAUCUCCAUGACGCUGGUGUCCACCGUGGUGGCGGUGGGCGCCAUGCCUUUGUCCUCCGCUCUGUACGGGCGACUGCUGGGGGUCCACGCCGCCCUCCACGUGCCCUUCGUUAAGAUCCUGGGCACUCUUCUGUUCAUCGCCAUCCCCAUCUCUCUGGGCGUCCUGGUCAAACUGCGUCUGCCCGGCCUCACCCGCCUCCUGCUGAUGCUGAUUCGCCCCCUGAGCGUGCUGCUCAUGGUGGGGGGCGUCUUUAUGGCCUAUCAGAUGGGAGCGUCCAUCCUGGCCAACGUGUGGCCGCACAUCGUGCUGGUGGGGGUCACGGUGCCAGUGCUGGGGCUGGCAGUUGGGGCGCUGUUGGCGCGGUUGGCGGGUCUUGACCCUCCUCAGAGGAAGACUGUGAGUAUCGAGGUGGGCGUUCAGAACAGUUUGUUGGCGCUGGCCGUGAUGCAGCUCUCGUUUCGCCGCACAGAGGCCGACUUUGCGUCUCAGGCGCCGUUUAUCGUGGCUCUGAGCAGCACCUCCGAGAUGCUGCUGCUGGUGCUGCUUCACCUGGUACGGAACCACCUGUGCCCGCCGGCCGGUCAGUGCGACGCCUGACCGCCUGCGCCUGCCUGCGCCUGCCUGCGCCCGGCAGCCAAUCAGAGCGACUCCUGUGCCCACGUGCACCUGCUGACCAGAGUGCCACGUGCGCCCGCCGUGCAGCUCUUCUCUGCUCCAGGCUGCAGCUGAUGCAGCUGUGCCCACCUGUGCCCACCUGUGCCGUCUUUACUGUUGAAUGCGGAGCUGUUUUACUCCUGUGUGUUUUCAUGAGACCAAAGGCCUUUAAAUUUCCAGACGUUUUGUGACGGUUUUACAUGUGAUUUUAAAAUGGAUUCUUUAGAGGACCUUGAGUACACGUCUAAGAGAUAUUUUUGUACCAGAUUACUUUUGUACCAGUGUUUUGUACCACGUUUACGGCAUCAGUGUCUUAUGGCGGGUCGUGGGCAGUGUGGUGACUGUGUCGUGCAUCCGUGUACUUGAACAUGAGGAGGAUUUCAUGAAUCAUAAAAGCUUGUGACAUCA